AUGGCGUUCAGUUCGGCCGACCAAGUCAGCGAGGUCUUUGAAAAGGCCAAAGCUGAUUUUUUGAACGGAAUCAAAGAUCAGAAACUGCGCAGCCAGCUUCAAAAAGCGACCACGAUUGACGACAUUUGGGACUACACCGACCAGCUCCAAAAGGAUCAGGGCAGCAAUAAGCGACUACGAGGUUUGAAGAGGAUCGGACCUUAUAUCGAGCGACUGCAAGAAUACGCCGGCGUAAUUGAAGUCUUUGUACAAGCUAAACCAGAUAUUCUGGCUCUCAUCUGGGGACCGAUCAAGCUUUUACUCCAAGUGUCGAGUAACCUCGUCGCGUCUUUCGAUGCGAUUCUCGGCGUGAUGAAGAAUAUGGGGUCCAUUCUUCCUCGAUUUAACGAAUUCGUUCCGUUGUUCAAAAACAAUGAGCGCAUGAAAUAUGUUCUGGGAUUGUUCUUCCAGGACAUUCUUGAUUUCUACCUCGUUUCUCUAAAGUUCUUUGGACUUACUCGCUGGAAAGUGUUUUUUGAGUCGCUGUGGCCAGCACGCCGAGCUGAGAUACAAGUCAUUGCUGAAAACAUAGAAAAGCAUAGGCUUUUGCUUUGCAAUGAGAUUACGCUCAACGACAUUUUGGAAGCUCACACAGCACGCAAGAAGGCUCUUGAGCACUACGCUGAGACAAGAGAAUUCCAAGAACGUCAGGACUUUCAUUCCAUGGAGACUUAUAUACACCCUCCUUCUUACGAUGAAGACCUUGAUCGCAUUCGAAAUACUCGGUGUGAAGGGACUGGUUCUUGGCUAGUUCAGGACCAGCAGUUUGUGAGUUGGGCUGAAGGAAAGGAGAAAUCCGCCCAAGUUCUAUGGCUUCAAGGGAUCCCUGGAGCAGGGAAAACCUUUCUAGCAUCGACAGCGGUUGAUAGGACGAAAGAUUUGGGUCAUUCGCUAUUUGCCCUUCUCAGUUACAGAAACGAUCUGAAAUCCCCCAUCCCUAUCUACCACUCCCUGAUCUUUCAGCUCGCAUCGCAAGAUCGAGAUUUGCGAACUGUGCUAUGCUCAACUAUUAUGGACACCACUAAAGACUUGAAACGCGACCUGAAAGGCAACUCCAAAUUCGCUCUCAACACCUUCUCAAAGUUGCUACAAGCGGCAGGGCCAACAUACAUCACCAUUGACGGCCUCGAUGAAAUUGAUGACUUUACCCAGCAAGCCUUUCUGCAUCUACUCCUUGAUGAGCUCAAGAGCUUGCCCCAUGUCAAGCUUCUUGUUAGUAGUAGAAGAGUCGAAAGAAUAGAAAGGAUUCUGAAGCCAGUUGCGGCGAUACUGCCAAUUGACCAGAAGAACUCUGGCUGCAUCAAGGCAUACGUUUCCCGUCGAAGUGGGGAAUGGCUCAAUAACUCAUAUUUCGAUAGUGACGCCCGCUCAGAAAUUCGGGAAUUGCUCAAUCCCUUGGCCCUGAAGGCUGAUGGUAUGUUCCUCUAUGCGAGGAUCGUAUUAGAAGAUGUGGAAAUGCUGCAGGAUUUGGGUUCCAUCCGGGAUCAGCUUAGCGUCCUCCCACAGGGUCUUGAUGAGGCGUACGAGAGGAUUCUUCGAAGAAUUACAAAACAUCCGUCAAGCGCUCAGAAGCAAUGCAAGAGAAUCUUGUCAUGGAUAGCCUGCUCUCCAGUUCAGAUCACUCGUCACGAGAUGGAACAGGUUUUGAUCAUCAAGAAGGAUCAUAGAAGUGUUCCUCCUGUCAGAUCAACUCUGAAUACUCUUCCCCUCUGUGGUCCGCUAGUUGAAGCUGAUGACGAGAAUCUGAGGUUUGUCCACUUCACUGUGAAGGAAUAUCUUCUUCGACAUCAAAAGAAUAAGUUUUUGGAUGAUGGGGAGGCACUUAUCGAAAUCUCAACAACCUGCUUGGCAUAUCUUUGCUCAGACCUGAUGGAUGCGGACAUCAGCGACGACGAUAUCCAGCGAAAUUUAGUAUCUGGGGCAUAUCGGCUACUCAACUUUGCACACCGCCAGUGGGCAGAGUGCCUUAGACUUUGUACGAGGCAUUUCAGAGAUGAGUUGCCGCCACAGCUUGUCCCCUUGCUGGGCCACAUUAUGCAGGAACUCGCAAAUCCAUACUACAGCGAGGACUUUGACACAAACUUGGGGCUCUGGAGUCUUGAUAGAUUUAAGUCAAACCUUAAAGAGAUCAAGACUAUUUCUCGUAGCCUUGACUUUAGAAGUCUUAUGGCUACUUCUUAUGACUGGCGUCUGGACGAAGUUGACCCUAGUUGGUCGGAUUUUGAUUUCACAACUAUCUCUGCGACGACAAUACGUGUGCAUCGCAUACUACAGAGCCUUCUUUGCAGUGGCAGCAAACAUGAAAAAGAUUGUCACUGUUCAGAAAUUCAGAAGCAUUAUGGUACUGCUGUCAAUAUAUGCCCCUUCUUGUCUUGUCGAUUCCAUCAAUUCCCUUUGAGAAGCAGAGAUCUCCGCGACAAACAUAUCAGGCAGCACGAUCGCCCCUUCAAAUGCACCGUUGAAACUUGUGAAUACUCAACUCUCGGUUUCUCUUCUCUGGGCCAACUCGAACAACAUCGAGUUCAGUACCACCAGAGGCCAACUGAGAUACAUAUUCCCAGCGACCUCGAUACCCUUGAGCUCGAGGAACUCAAGUCACUUAUGAUGGAGUACAUUAUGAGAGAUCGAGUUCAAGAGAUGGAACGGAUUCUUCCCUCGAUUAUAUCAAGAUGGCCUUCCAAGUCAGCUUUCAGAUCUUCGUUUAAGGGCUUGCUAGCCUCUCAUGGUUCCGUUGCAAUGGUCCGCCUUAUAUUUGGAGACCAAUUACCAGAUGAAGGGAUUGUUUGGAGCUCCUACGAUUCAUUCAUGUCUCACGCUAUUAGAAGUCGUAACGUUCCAGUCGUUGAGUGGGCUUUCAACACAGGCGCAAUCGCGGUGGGAUCUCCUAAAACCGGUUUGGUUUCACAAAUAGCAGCGUCUGAUUCUCUUGAAACUUUCAAUAUUUGGUGGAACGACGCACUCUCCUCAAACCACUUUCAUCGUUUAAUGUCCUACAUUGUUGAGUGCCGCAAAUGGAGCCCAUUGAUGGAGUCACAAGUAGCGUCGUUAUGGAUUGAGCAGCACCAACUCGGAAACUUUCCUACGUUCUUAGCAAGUAAACUACUGAAAAUAUUGGCCUCGUCGAGCUGCUCUCUCGUACUGGCUCAGGCUCUGGUUGCUUGUGGUGCCGACGUUAACUAUAGAUCAAGCAAGCUUUCUGCGGAGCUCCCUCCGUUGCACCUUGCUAUCAGGAAGACCAGCACUGAGGCAGCUGACUUAGUCAAGUAUCUUCUGCUAUCAGGCGCAGACCCUCAUGUGAAAAUAAUACGAUCACUCGGGAAGAACAAGGGGCAGGAAAUCGUUCCAUCCUUGGAGCCUGGUGCAAAAGGCAUCUCCAAGUGGUUGGGUCAGACAUGGGAUGAGUUAGUCGAAUGGGCAGCGGAAGAAAGACGAAAAGUUUCAGAAGAUAGAUUUCCAUCCGCGUCUUCGACAUUGUCGGCCGAUAGGGGGUAA